UUCCCAAAUGGAAAUUUCUCAAAUGGGAGCGCGCUAUGGCGCAGUCAUCCUUUUCUUGUUGCUCACCUCAACCACUCAGGCCAACUACCUCAGCCUGGUUAACCAGUUCUUGGCUCCUCAAAAUGCCGCUCGUGCCGCCAUUAGAAUGCGGCCAUUGGUGUGGGAUGCAAGAUUGACGCAUUACGCUCAGUGGUAUGCCAACCAAAGGCGGAAAGACUGCGCUUUGAGGCACUCCAAUGGACCUUAUGGAGAAAAUAUCUUUUGGGGUAGUGGCAAUGGGUGGACGCCUGCUCAGGCGGCAGCGGCGUGGGUUUCGGAGGGUAAAUGGUACAAUUACUGGUCUAAUUCAUGCGCCGGAGGGCAGGUAUGUGGGCAUUAUACACAGAUAGUGUGGGGCAGAACCAGAAGAGUUGGGUGCGCCAGGGUGGUUUGUGAUGGAGGAAGGGGUGUUUUCAUGACUUGCAACUAUGAUCCUCCUGGGAAUUAUGUUGGUGAAAGACCUUACUGAUUGCUUUCAUGAAAUAUUUGCAAGUGGAUUUUAUGUAAAAAAUGGAAUGUGAUAUUAACUUCACAUUUAGAAAUUCGGAGUUGGUGUGUUUUUUAUAUGCAAAGUCAGAUUUUUUUUUAUCCUUUUGUUUUCAAUUUGCUGAUACUAUAUCUUGAUAUGGAAUUUAAGCUUGGGAACAAUGCUACGAGAAAUCGAAAAUCUUGAUUUUCGUAAACAGAUUUUCUCAACAUAUGAAUUUGUUGGCUGAAAUGUAAGUUUUUCUUACUUUCCUUUCUGUUUUUGGUUUUCUAUUUCUAAUUUACUGGAAUAAAUUCACUGCCACAUAUAUAUAUAUUUUCAAGAAUUGAAUUUCAAUAGGAAUAUAAUGGGUCAUCAAAUAUUGGUAUCAUUAGUAAUUAAUUAAAGGUAAAUAAUGUUUGGACCAAUCCAAAUAAGACCACUUAGAUUUUUAAAACAGAUGACAUUGAAGAGGAGCAAUGGAGAGAAUGAAAAAAUGAUGGCACAUGGGAAAAACACAAUCACAAGAAAUUAAGGUGGUCACUUUAAAGAUGAAAAG